AUGGAUAAUAAAGUAGGAUAGUCAUCAGAAUAGAAUAAUAUUUCUCUUCUGAUAGAAAUAAAUGAGCUUGGAGUAGUUAAGAUAAGUCUAUCAAUUAAAGGGAUGUUAUAACAGAAAUAAUUGGUCAUAAGAAUUGGGUAAUUCUGUUAGAAUUUUUUGGAUAGUUGGGAUCACUUUAUCUAUAUUUAAGGAUGCGAAAACAGGUCAAUAGAAGCCAAGUAAUAAUUUGGUAAAUUGACAGAAUUACAUGAACUUUUAGUAAUAUAGAUUAAUCUAUCUGCCUAUGAGAUGAAUAUCAAUAAAAUAAAAAGCCAUAAUAGAUGCUUAAGAUUUUUUACAAAUAUAACAUAUUCUUCUGAAGUUACUGCUGGAAUUUACCCUUUUAAUAAAUUAUAGAAUUUUUAGGGUCAACCACUUAUAUUUAAUCAAUACAAUAUAAUCAUUAUUGCAUUAAUAAUGCUAUUUUUUGAACUUGCUAAAUUUAAUGGUUUGAUUUAAUCGAGAUUUUUCGAUCCUAAUGAAAUAGAUACUCAUAUUGAAAUAAAGAAGAUAAGCUACUCUUAAAAUAAAAUUUUAUCAGAAGAAAUCGUUAUUGCAUAAACAAUUGAAUCUAUAUCGAUUAUUUUCUAUUGGUAAUGUAUAGAUUAGGAGCUUUUAAAGAUAUAAUUAUUUUGUCUAGAAUAAUGUUGUCCUUAAACUAACAUCAAAUGUGAUAUCAAAAAAAUACUAACUGUUAGAUUAUAAGCAAAGUUUUUGUUAAAUUAGAAUUCAUAAAAUUAUAUAAAAAUUUCUAAGACCUCAGUUUCAUUAUCCGCAACCUAAGUUAUAAAAUAAUCUAAUGAUUAUGAAAAACUGUUAUUCAAACUAGAAAAAGUAUAAAUUAUACAUAUAUCUAAUUAUUAGUUAAACAGGAAAAUUAAAAAAUCUUGA